GAUUUGACUUGAAGGUCUUUUUCUUGUGUACUUUCUGAUUUAUUGUUCUUCCUCAAGUUUGAGAUGCUGACGGGCACUCUGCCGUUCCAAGGCAAAGACCGCAAAGAGACCAUGACCAUGAUCCUCAAGGCCAAGCUGGGAAUGCCGCAGUUUUUAAGUUCCGAAGCCCAGAGUCUUCUCAGGAACCUUUUUAAGCGCAACCCGUCCAACCGAUUAGGCGCCGGUCCCGACGGUGUGGAGGAGAUCAAGAGGCAUCAGUUCUUCAGCACCAUCGACUGGAAUAAACUCUUUCGCCGAGAGCUGCCGCCUCCCUUCAAGCCGGCGGCCGGGCGACCCGAUGACACCUUCUACUUUGACCCCGAGUUCACCGCUAAAACGCCUCGCGACUCUCCGGGAGUGCCGCCCAGCGCCAAUGCCCAUCAGCUCUUCCGAGGAUUCAGUUUUGUGGCAAUAACAGAAGAGGAAACGCAGCCGAUGCCAAACGCCAUC